UUCCCCCUUCAUUACACUAGUGAACACAGACAGACACACUGGCAUCCACCAACAUGUACGGCAUCUACGACUACUGGAAAAGACUUGCAGGACUAGCACACAGAAUGGGGAAGUCGAUGACCAGUUUUCCAGUUGGAAGGUUCGAGUGUCCGAGAUGUUCCAAGGUAUACUCUUGGAAGAACCGCCUCAUGCUUCACAUCCGGAUGGAAUGUGGCAAGAAACGCAACGUCACAUGCCCCGUGGGAUGCAGGUAUCGAACCCAUCGACACAGCCUUCUGGAGCAACAUCUCUGCUGUAAACACAACGAGAUCUUCUACGAGUAUUACGACGCACUCAGGAUAAUAUCUUCAUGAAUCAAGUUCCUUGUCCAUGUCUUUCACAGCCAGGCAAUGAAUUUUGAAAAGAAUCUUUCACAAACUAUUUUUCCCCAAAUAAGUGGUUUGUCAAGUGUAAAUACUAUUUUGUUCCCAAUUCUCUUAUUUUAUAAACUGCAAUGAACAUGUUUAAGUAAAAUAUUAUAUACUGACUGAUUUGACAUUGUUAUAAAAAAAGCUCUAUUUUCCUGCUUAGGGGCACAGCAUUCAAAGUCAAACUAGAUUCUUAUUAACCCUUUUGUGUAAUAAUCGGCACUAUUAAAUUAGUUAUUCCACUGAACUGCGAUUUUUAACUUUGAAAUAAUCAUGAAUUGUCCUUGAAUUCUGUUUUCAUUUUUUGCUAGACACCAUAAAAAAUCCCAAUGUUAUUCUCAAGGCAAAUGACAGACACGUGUCAAUGAUAGAUAUACCGUAAUCAAAUGUGAAUAAAUUACAGCCAUAUAAAUAGUUUUGUUAACAAGAUAUCUAUGACCAUAGAAUACAAACUUUUCUUUGUUUUUUGGACGGAUGAUAAUUGUUGCCUGGCUGUGUACCUUUGGGAAUUCACUGUAUUAUUGUCAUUUGAAAAUAUUUAAUUUGAAUUGAGAAUACAAUUAAUUUCAGGACGAGUAAUUGCAUUAAAACUUUUUUAAUAACAUUUCCAUUUAAGUGAAUUAAAUUAUUGAACUUAUGAAUUGAUAAUUAUUAAAUUAACAAUAUUAUGUGUUAAUCACUUUUGAAGGCAUCAACUAUACAGUAAACAAAUGCUUGCAAAUGUUUUCUACUGAUAGAUAAAUGUGUACCGGUAUUGUGAAAUUUGUAAAUAACAGUAUUGAUGUAUUAAUCUUUGAUGUACAUAUUUUGGUUUGAUUUCACGUGUGGAUUCCCUGGUAAUGGUUAAUGUAUUAGUAAUUAAGGUUGCUCAUGAACAUGAAUUCCUAUUGAUGUAAGAUUUUGUGAUAUUAAAUUAAACUUCCAUGAUAAGUUUGUGAUAUAGGUGAAUAACGUUAUGUGUUUUUAUACAUUUUAUUGAUGUAAUAAAAUAUGUCUGCAUGU